AUGUCCACUGCUGACUCCAUGGUGGUACAGGACAAUCCCGAGAUCAAAAACGCUGCGAAUCUAAUGUUCGAAGCUGCCAUGCGAUAUGAGCUCGGAGACAAUCACACUUACGAUUUUGUGGAGGGAACAAUUCCCUGGCAGAUGUACCCAGGCGUGGAAAGAAUAGCGCUAGAGGGCGAGUCUGUGUAUGCCUUCAUGGACCCUCAGGAGCCAGAAACCGGAGUGACAGCAUACCAGAACCUGGAGGAAUACCUCGAAGAGGAAGGCCCAUACGAUGGAGUUAUUGCGUUUAGCCAGGCUGCCACCAUGAUUCUCACCUACCUCGCCUACGUUGCACGACAAAAGGCCUUGGGCCUUCACACUAUCGCACCAUUCAGAUUUGCAAUCUUUCUUUCGAUCGUCCAGUCCCCGCUUGAUUAUGAGGCAUUGCAGCGAGGUCAGGUCAUUGAAAUUCGCCCGGAACAUGCCAAAGGCGCGGUGGACAUUCCUACCGUCCACAUAUGGGGUGCAUUGGAUGACGACACAGAAAGCGCUUCUAGAGCGGCUGAGGUCUGUAGGGAUGACAUGAAAUGGAUCUAUGUCCACGAACGGGGCCAUGAGGUUCCCGGUGCCGGUUCCCGUCUCGAGGUGACUCGCAUAGUGAACAAUAUCCGUAGGGCCCUGGAAACCGCUGAUGACCGAGGGAGCAGUCAAGGAGUCUGA